CUAACAAUCGGAACAACUGAGCACUCGGUAAUUGGACACUAGGAUCAAGGAAUCCCGUCUUUUUGAACAUUUUCUCAGCUAUUUACCCGGUGUGAGGUUAGCGUUUGUUCGCCUCGUGUCGACCGGAUAACUUCGCCCGCUGCGUGGCUCCCCGCCGAUGAGGUUUUUAUUCUAUAGCGGCGCGUUUGAGGGUAUGUGGGGAGGUUGUAAUAAAUAAGAAGAGAAAUGCAGGGAUUCGUCAGGUUACAGUUGCACCGCUGAGCUGCCCCUGCGCUACGACGCUUCCCCCCGUUUUUUCGCCUCUCUCCACACGGGACCAUGGAGUGAGAGAAGAGGGGGAAUAGGACGAUUUUAUCCGGAGGCUUUUGGAUUCGAGCGCGGCGGCUGCACCGACUGGUUUUUACACUCCCUGGUCAAUGUGUUACCGACUUUAACAUCCAAAGCGGGGUAUACCUUUCCGUCUGGGAGAGCCUCGGGGACCCCUGCCGCUUCUUACCCGGGGAGAGAGAGUUCCCAGACGGCUAUCGGGACAGUUUUCCAUUUGAAUAGCCUCCACACAGGCAGGCUGAAUGAGGCAGCGGAGAAGCGCCGGGGAAGAGAGCCGCUGCAUGUGAUUGUGUCCGAGAGAGUCCGGGCAAGCACCGAGCUUUUUAGGCACCUCAGCCCCGCUGUAGGCGCUGUGCAAUAUGGUGAAACUCUACAGAAGAGGGAGAAAGGGACAAUACUUUUAAAAUCGCCCACAUGCACUGGAUCAACUGCUGGAUUUGGGAACCGAAUACGCAGAAGGGGGGUUGGGGAUCCUUGGAGGCUGCCGGAGGAUGGAGCGGUGUAGCCGGGGUUGGUGAGAGCCUAACUUCGGGCCACUUUACAUUUCUUAUUCCUAAACAACUCGCCCCUGUUCCCAGGACACAUGCAGGCCAAAAAACGCUACCUGAUCCUGCUCUCCGCCGGUGCAUGUCUAGUGCUUCUCUUCUACCUCGGAGGGGUUCAACUUCCAGCGGCGAGCAGGAGCCGGCAUGACCGCAGCCGGAAUGGGUACCGGCCCGACCAGCCCUGGCCUCACUUCUCGGACCCUUUACACCUCUCCAUGCCCUGGGAUCAGACGGACACCGAGGAGUACAACCUGCACAUAUCUCCGAGGCAGAAGAGGGACGUCAACACGAGUGUUUACAAAGGCAAAAGGUGCCGCAUGGAUUCAUGCUUUGAUUUCUCUCUGUGUCAGAAGAACGGAUUCAAAGUUUAUGUUUACCCGCAGCAGAAGGGGGAGAAGAUCUCAGAGAGUUAUCAGAAUAUUUUAUCGACCAUUGAGGGGUCCAGGUUUUACACCUCAGACCCAGGACAGGCGUGUCUGUUCGUCCUGAGUCUGGACACUCUGGACCGGGACCAGCUGUCCCCGCAAUACGUCCACAACCUGAAGACCAAGGUCCAGAACCUGCCUCUGUGGAACGACGGCAGGAACCACCUUAUAUUUAACUUGUACUCGGGGACGUGGCCGGACUAUACGGAAGACCUGGGCUUUGACAUCGGUCAGGCCAUGCUGGCCAAAGCCAGCAUCAGCACCGAGAACUUCAGGCCCAACUUCGACGUGUCCAUCCCCCUCUUCUCCAAGGAGCACCCGAGGACCGGCGGAGAGAGGGGCUUCCUCAAGUACAACUCCAUCCCGCCUUUUAGAAAAUACAUGCUGGUGUUCAAGGGGAAGCGCUACCUGACAGGUAUCGGCUCGGACACCAGGAAUGCCUUACAUCACGUCCACAACGCGGAGGACGUGGUGCUGCUCACCACCUGCAAGCAUGGCAAAGACUGGCAGAAGCACAAGGACGCACGCUGUGACAAGGACAACGCAGAGUAUGACAAGUACGACUACAAGGAGAUGCUCCACAACUCCACCUUCUGUCUGGUGCCCCGCGGCAGACGACUGGGCUCCUUUCGCUUCCUCGAGGCGCUGCAGGCUGCAUGUGUGCCGGUGAUGCUGAGUAACGGUUGGGAGCUGCCUUUCUCCGAGAUCAUCGACUGGAACACAGCCGCAGUGAUCGGCGACGAGAGGCUCCUGCUGCAGAUCCCGACCACGGUGCGCUCCAUCCACCAGGAUAAGAUCCUGUCCCUCAGACAGCAGACUCAGUUCCUCUGGGAGGCCUACUUCUCCUCCGUGGAAAAGAUAGUGCUGACCACGCUGGAGAUCAUCCAGGACCGUGUGUUGGAGCACGGCUCCAGGAGCAGCCUGAUGUGGAACAGUCACCCUGGGGGACUCUUCGCCCUGCCGCAGUACUCCGGAUACCUGGGGGACUUCCCCUUCUACUACGCCACACUGGGUAUUAAACCGUACCCCAAGUUCACAGCGGUCAUCCAUGCCGUCUCUCCUCUGGUGUCCCAGUCGCAGCCCAUACUCAAGCUCCUGGUAGCUGUGGCCAAGUCCCAAUACUGUGCACAGAUCAUCGUCCUGUGGAACUGUGACAAGCCUCUGCCGGCCAAACACCGCUGGCCCGCCACCUCAGUGCCCGUCAUCGUCAUCGAGGGAGAGAAUAAGGUGAUGAGCAGUCGUUUCCUGCCCUACGAGACCAUCGUGACCGACGCUGUCCUCAGCCUGGAUGAAGACACGGUGUUGUCCACCACUGAGGUGGAUUUUGCCUUCACGGUGUGGCAGAGUUUCCCAGAGCGAAUCGUAGGCUACCCGGCUCGCAGCCACUUCUGGGACAGCAACAAGGAGCGCUGGGGCUACACAUCCAAAUGGACCAACGAUUAUUCAAUGGUGCUGACCGGGGCCGCCAUCUACCACAGGUAUUACCACUACCUGUACACCAACUACUUACCCACUAGUCUGAAGGGCAUGGUCGACCAGUUGGCCAACUGUGAGGACAUCCUGAUGAACUUCCUGGUCUCCGCUGUCACCAAGCUGCCGCCCAUCAAGGUCACACAGAAGAAACAGUACAAGGAGACCAUGAUGGGACAGUCUUCGAGGGCUUCUCGCUGGGCCGAUCCAGACCACUUUGCUCAGCGGCAAACCUGCAUGAACAAGUUCGCCAGCUGGUUUGGCGCCAUGCCGCUGGUCCACUCCCAGAUGAGACUGGACCCCGUCCUGUUCAAGGACCAGGUCUCCAUCCUCCGCAAGAAAUACAGGGACAUCGAGAGGCUCUGACAGGACCGGCGCCCCCUGGGGGGAGACCCCACGCAGGGGGAGGCGCACGAGAGAGACUCAGUGGAGAGUAGAAGGAGUAGUAGGACUACAGCAGGAUGGACAGGGAGCGACACGGCUCUGUCUUCCACUCAGCACAUUGCCAAUGACCACAGCGCUGCUGCUGCUGCCAGGACUUGACGCGGGAAGGGAUGAAUAGGAAACAAGCAGAUGGCGUUUGGGUAUAAAAAACACAAACAGAAACCGCAAACACAGACAGACAAAGAGGAGUACACAAACUGAUGGACAUGCCAAACAGUACUGUAUGUUUUGCAAAUGUGCAAACACACAGCACACACUACUGACGACGAGAACUCUUGGAUAGAAUAUUUUUUUGUACAAUGCGAACAAGGACGACAUUGACUUUCCUGCGCUCUCGGCACAUGUGCAGGAUGGUAGAAGAGGGAAGGUGUCCACGAUUGCAAACCUGGCAACCCCACCCACCAUUAGUCCUACUGGUCGCCCCUUGCAACCCUCCCCAGUCUGCAUCAGGACGUAAUACUGGACUACCAAAACCCAGCCCAGGAAACCCUGUUCUGAAGUUGAUUUGAUUUCUGUACAAGUCAGCUCUCUAGAGUCACUGUUGACCCUUUCUCCUCUCUGAGAGGUUUGAAAUCGGAGCGUCAUCAGUUUAAUCUUUUGGUUCUCGUGGCAGAAAAGGUAAACAGCAGUGUCCAACCUGUUAUUACAGUGGCCUGACAAGGUUUUUACAGCAAUGCAGCCAUUAUUUGUUGAAAUUCUCUGCUAUCAAGACACAUCCUUGAGCCUGAAAAACAUCCCGUCUGUCCUAUCCCCGGCUCUUUCCUUGAUGUGCUGAUAUGGCUUUCAUAAUGGUCUAUCUGCGUCCCUGUUAUUGCAAAGAUAAGUUAGAAAAACAUCUCGUUUCAUAUCCCAAUUUCCUCUCAUACUCGCUACAGCAGUUGUACUUUUCUCAUCUUUUUUUUUUUCACUUUCUUUCAUCAUCUUUUAUUUCCCCCUUCAAACUCUCUGUACUUUCACUCUUCUGUGUGUAUGUGUGCGCGUGUGUGUGUCUAUGUGUGUGUGCGUGUUGUGUGUACAGAGCCUUGAAAAGUUGGCUCAUCCAACCAUAAGCUCAAGCGGAGUACAUUUUCCCUCCGUUGGAAUGAGCGAAAUGAACAUUUCUGGAUGAAAUGGAGCAGAACGUUGCAUUCUAACCCAAACUCGUUUCGCCCAUUUAUUUCUUCCUGCAUGGCCUCGGAGCACUAUCCUUACAGGAGGAAAUGGAAUAAAAUUUCAGCCCAUAGCAGGUCUUUAGUGACCAGUGUCAUUUCACAGGAGUGCUUGUAGAGAGAUUUUUAACGCUGAGCGCUACAUCAGUGCCAUUCUGACAUCAGGGUCUGCCUUUAAAAUUGUUUAUUGCACAUCACGUUGCCUGCAUCGUUUCCAGAUGCC